AUGCCGCUAGUGCAUCAUCAUGUACAAGACGGUGUCUGUGUAUCUCCAGCGGAAGACGUUCCAUGUGUGACGUCCUCCCAGCGCCGUGACGAAGAGGAUCGUGUGGUAUUUCUUGUUGUCCCGGGCUUAUGUGAUACCGAUCAAGUCACUGCAUUUAAGAUCGAAUCGGCGCUCAAGUGCAGCCUCUUAGGCGUGCGUAGCGUACAGCUGGAUCUGGCAGAGAAAUUAGCGAGGAUUGAACUGACAUACCGUGCAAAUGAAGCCACGGAGGCCACACUUGCCGAUGUGGUACAGCGCGCAACACCCGAAAAACUCGUGGCGUAUCCCGUGUGGCAGCAUCGCGAACGUAUUGUUCGUCUUUACGUGGGAGGAAUGCGCUGUAUGAUUAAUUGUGGACGUCAGGUGAUUCGUGCGUUGGAGCAGAUUCCCGGUGUGUUGCAUAUUCAUGUGGACUCCAAGUCGAUGACAGCAGAAGUGGCAUUAGCAAAAGGCUGCACGGCCACAGAAGUGGAUCUUAUCAAGUAUAUUCAAUGGGCAAACCCGCGAUUUAAAGCAUCGAUUGUUAAGAAAACAAAAGAGCCAUGGAAUCCAGUUUUUGGGGCGAUCUUGCUGAAUAUUACAGGCAUGACUUGCGCUCAAAAAUGCGCCACAAAAAUUCAGACGGCGUUGAAGAAUGCUGCAGGUGUGGUUGACGCUACGGUUGACUUUAAUAAUAACCGUGCGACCAUUAUUCUUGAGCCAGAGAGCAAAAUGGUGGAGGAAAAUUUGAUUCAGAUCGUGCGCAGUAUUGAUAAAAAGUUUGAUGCGUCGCGCUAUGAACUUUUCAGAAACGACGGUGAUUCGCGUGUUGUGUAUCUUACAAUCGAUGGUAUGAGUUGUGUCAAGAGUUGCGUGAGAAAGGUGCAAGAUGCACUAAAUGGCACUGAGGGAGUUAUCAACGCCAAAGUGGACUUUGACACAAAGCGGGCUACCGUUUUCGUGGAGACGGACUGCUACUUGACUGAAAACGACCUGAUUGAUGUUGUGCAUUCCGCGGACCAAACGUUCUCGGCUUCGGUAGCGACACCAACCAGCGGGCCACGUACGAUUCUUCUUACAGUCGCAGGCAUGAGUUGUGCUAAAAAUUGUGCACGCAAGAUCGAAACGGCUUUGAAUGCAGAACCAAGUGUAGAGACGGCGAAGGUGGACUUUUCAUUAAAGCGCGCCAUUGUUCAGCUGAGAUCCGGCAGCGCGCUUACCGCAAAUGACCUGAUUGAAGUCGUUCAUGCAGCUGAUGCCAAGUUCGAUGCCGUCGUGUACAUUCCAUCACUUCAUCCUCGCACGAUAGAGCUAAAUAUUGAGGGUAUGAGCUGCGCCAAAGCUUGUGCGCGUAAGAUCCAUCAAGCCCUCUGCGAAACAGAGGGUGUUGUAUCAGCGUUUGUGGAUUUUGCCGCAAGAAGAGCGGUUGUUGAAGUUGACCCUGAUGGACGGCUCAAUGACGAGGACUUGCUCCAAGUGGUUUGGCGCGUGGAACCAAAUCUUUGCGCUCGUCUUGCUACUCGAAACGCUAAGAAAGCGCCGGUUAUUGCUGACAAGUCUGACCUCGACGCCUUAGCGAAGUCGAAUGUAGCGCCGCGUGCUACAUUUGACGAUCUAGCGCUUUGCAUUGGUUCCGACAAAAGCGACAUUGGAGACGCAACACUUUUAAUCGGUGGCAUGACUUGCAGUUCAUGCUCCAAUUCGGUUGAAAACGCACUAAAGCAAACAGAAGGCGUCAUUUCAGCAGUUGUUAGUUUUGCAACGGAGAAGGCGUCGGUUCGCUUUGACAAGGACGUGGUUGGCAUUCGAACGCUUGUUGAAACAAUUGAAGAUAUUGGGUAUGAUGCCUCGUAUGUGUCGGGGUCAGAGACCCAGAAGGCUCUUGGAGACCAGCGCACAAAGGAGAUCAAGCGUUAUCGCGUUGACUUUUUUGUAUCAGUGCUUUUUACGUUUCCAAUUCUCCUGACCAUGAUGGUGUUUGACAACAUAGCGACUUUUAAAUAUGGGCUAGCCUCACAGAUUUUUCCAGGGGUCUCGUGGCAAACUUUGAUUGUGGCAAGUUUAGCCACGCCGGUCCAAUUCUACCCUGGUCGUCGUUUUCACGUCGAUGCGUACAAGGGAAUAAAGAAUCGAGUGCUAGGCAUGUCGUUCUUGGUGUCAAUGGGUUCCAACGCAUCGUACUUUUACGGACUAUUUAGCAUCAUACGCGCGUUUUUGCUGGACGACUCGAGUGUUGCCAAUCCAGAUACGUUUAUGACAUCGUCGAUGUUGCUUUCGUUCGUAAUUUUGGGCAAGUUUUUGGAAUCGAUAGCAAAGGGCAAAACGUCAGCAGCAUUGAGCAAGCUUAUGGAGUUGCAGGUCAAAUCGGCCACGUUGCUGGUUUUCAGUGCAGAUGGAAUCAAAAUCCGUGAAGAGCGGGUCGUUCCCAUUGAGCUAGUCCAGCGUGGAGAUAUCUUGAAAGUAGUUCGCGGGUCAUCCAUUCCAGCUGAUGGCGUCAUCGUCUAUGGCGAAGGUCGAAUUGAUGAGUCGAUGCUGACUGGUGAAUCGAAGACAAUCAAAAAGGUUGUUGGUGAUCGCGUGCUAGGGGCAACGGUUAACUCCGACGGGUUGUUUCAUAUGAAGGUGACCAGUAUAGAGAACGAUACUGCAUUAAGUCAGAUCAUUCGUCUUGUGGAGGACGCGCAGACCUCAAAAGCGCCAAUCCAGGCGUAUGCAGACUACGUUGCGUCCAUAUUUGUCCCGACCGUGCUGGGGUUGUCGCUCCUGACAUUCUCAGUAUGGUACCUCUUGUGCACUCUUGAGAUGGUACCAGCGAGCUGGAUCCCUCACACGGACAGCACAUUUAUGUUUUCGUUCAACUUUGGUAUUGCAACGCUCGUAGUUGCUUGUCCGUGCGCAUUAGGAUUGGCAACGCCUACGGCAGUAAUGGUCGGGACUGGCGUCGGCGCUGAGCAUGGUGUAUUGAUCAAAGGUGGCGAGCCACUUCAGGCCGCGCACAACAUUAACACAAUUUUGUUCGACAAGACGGGAACCCUGACUGUGGGGAAGCCUGUGGUGACCGAUGUGGUUGUGCUCAGUAAGAAGCUGAGCACCGAGGAGCUUAUCGUUUUGGCUGGCUGUGCUGAACUUGGUAGCGAACACCCACUUAGCAAAGCGAUCAUCGAGUACGCAAAGUUUAUUUCACCAUCACUUGAGCAACCGACAAACUUUCGUGGUGUUUCUGGUAGGGGUAUUGCAUGUAUGGUUGGCGUACACAAGGUUGUCAUUGGCAACAAAGAAUGGAUGACGGAUAAUGGGUUAAAACGUUUGACCAGUCUUGUGCUACAACAAGCCACUCUGACUUUCGAGAAUGCCGGGAAGACAACAAUAUACAUGGGUGUUGACGACGAGCUCAGUGCUGUCUUUGGUGUAGCGGAUGCUCCACGCCAAGAGUCGAUUCGUACUCUUAAGAAACUAAAGCAGAUGGGCCUGGAGGUUUGGAUGGUCACGGGAGAUAACGCGCGCACUGCACUUACUAUUGCUGAUCAGCUAGGUAUCAGUCGUCGUAACGUGAUGGCCGAGGUGGUUCCUUCUCAAAAGUCUUUAACGGUUAAGCAGCUCCAGAGUACUGGUCGUAUUGUUGCUAUGGUCGGUGAUGGCAUUAACGAUUCACCUGCACUUGCGCAAGCGGAUCUAGGAAUUGCCAUUGGUGGUGGUACGGAAAUUGCUGUGGAAACGGCUGGUAUGGUUCUUAUGAGAGCCAACUUGUUUGAUGUCAUUACAGCAUUGGAUUUGUCUCGUUCAAUCUUCAAUCGCAUCCGUCUAAACUACGUCUGGGCUCUCGGCUACAACUGCUUGUUGAUUCCGUUGGCUGCAGGUGUGCUAUUUCCUUAUGGUUUUAGUAUUCCUCCAAUGUUUGCAGGUGGUGCUAUGGCUAUUUCGUCUGUAUCGGUAGUCACUUCGUCGCUCUUACUCCGUAAUUACAAACCUCCCGCUCUUCCUGAGGAUUUUAGCGUUGACGAGACCAAGUCGCUCCUAUUCAAGAAGCCAACGGUCACUACACCGCUACUUGCCUCGAGUACGCUAGAAUAG